AUGGAGGUUCAGAUCUGUAGGCCUGACGCAGGAAACGUACCGACGGCGGGCGUUGACGGUUUCGAACACGCCGGAAGGGGUCUCGAAUCAUACACCUGGACCCAAUCACGCGCAGCCCACAACACUCAUCUUUCUGGAUGGCUUCAAGGUUCUACGAGCACAUCAACGACCCCGGCGGCACCCUCCCUUCAAGCUCAAGUUGAUCAGCUCGGCGGACCUACCGACGAAUCAAAAAUCGACUCAAUUCAAAACGUCUUCCUCCUCCGCGCAGACCUCCACGAAAGCUGGGACGACUACAAGUUUGGUGUCAACCCCGACGGGAGCCAACAUAGGACUACGAAGAUGCCUUGGUUGAUGGCGGGUUCGACUCGUCGAGGCAAGAUUUCUGGGGAGAUGCUCAAGGCAGAAAGGCUCGAGGUAGAGCUUUCGCAACCGACUCUUUGGACACCAAUAAUUACCCAGCAUCUUGCGAAUCAGACCUUUCUUGCAGCCAUGAUAUAA